CAGACAAGGCUGAACACCUUAGACGUAAGACAUUGCACAAUGAACCUUCAUUCUCCGCGCACAGAUGCGAAAGGCCGUGCCACUGGCCGGCCGCAGACUCGUUCAAAGAUUCCACGUUCCGUGCGCCUUAUCAGUCGUCGUAGCACAGUCAUUGUUUCUGCCGUUGCGGCACCAGAAAAGCCUGUGACUGAGUACCAGCGUCCUGAUGCGACCGGUCGCUAUGGCAUCUUCGGCGGAAAGUAUGUACCUGAGACUCUAAUCCCCGCAUUGGAACAAUUGGAGGUCGACUAUAAGGCAGCCUUGGCGGAUCCUUCGUAUAAGGCGGAGAUGGAGGCUAUCCUAAAGGACUACGUCGGCCGUGAGACACCCCUGUACCAUGCAGUUCGUCUGUCGGAGCACUUUGCGACGGCGGAUGGAGGCAAGGCGGAGAUUUACCUGAAACGCGAGGACCUUAACCACACCGGAGCACACAAGAUUAACAAUUCUCUUGGACAGGCAUUGCUGUGCAAGCGCUUGAACAAGAAGCGCAUUAUUGCUGAGACCGGUGCAGGCCAGCACGGCGUUGCGACGGCUACCAUCUGCGCUCGCCUGGGGCUCAAGUGUAUUGUUUACAUGGGCGCUAAGGACAUGGAGCGCCAGGCUCUUAACGUGUUUCGGAUGCGCCUCUGCGGGGCCGAGGUCCGGCCGGUGUACAGCGGCACGGCCACGCUGAAGGAUGCUACCAGCGAGGCUAUCCGUGAUUGGGUCACCAACGUGGAGACAACCCAUUACAUCCUGGGCUCAGCAGCUGGUCCUCACCCCUAUCCCAUGAUGGUCCGUGAUUUCCAAUCCGUGAUUGGCCGCGAGACACGGGCGCAAUGCCUGGAGAAGUGGGGCGGCAAGCCAGAUAUCGUGAUGGCGUGUGUGGGCGGCGGCUCGAACGCUAUUGGCAUCUUCCACGAGUUUGUGAACGACACUGACAUUCGUCUCAUUGGCGUCGAGGCAGGUGGCGAGGGCGUCAACACCAACAAGCACGCAGCCACACUGACCCGCGGGUCUCCAGGGGUCCUGCACGGCAGCUACAGCUACCUGCUACAGGAUGAAGACGGUCAAAUUAUUGACCCACACUCGAUCAGUGCUGGACUGGACUACCCUGGUAUUGGACCAGAGCAUUCGUUCCUAAAGGACAUUGGCCGCGCUGAGUACUACGCCGUCACUGACGCAGAAGCUCUCGAGGGCUUCCAGCUCCUUAGCAGGUUGGAAGGCAUCAUCCCGGCUCUGGAGACUAGCCACGCGAUUGCGUACCUGGCUAAGCUGGUGCCCACGCUUAAGAGCGGCACACGCGUAGUGAUCAACUGCUCAGGGCGCGGCGACAAGGACGUCAACAACGCCAUGAAGUAUCUGCAGCUUUGAGUGGUUUGAUUUUGGGGCGUGUUAUCGGGACUAGGGGCCAUGGGUGUAGAGGAGUGCGGAGUGGAGCGGUGUAGGGUUGAUCUGAGCGCUGCUCGGGCUGAGAGACUGUGACGGUUGCGCAGGUAUGCGGCUGCAGGUGCUAUUCGGAUGAUGGUUGGGAAGAAAGGUAUAUGGGAAGUAUCCAUGAAGAGCGUGCGGCGUUGUACGACGGACAACGGAACAAGCGUAAGCUAUAUUGCACAGCUCGCGCCUAUUUCUCUUCUAUAGACAGGUGCCUUGCAAAGCAUGUAAGGUAUAUUACGUCAAGGGUACCUCUG